GUAAAAAACCCUAAGUAAAAAAAGGAUUGAAAUUGAAUUCAAUCGUCUCUCUCCCUUCGCGGUUUCUCUCUCGCGCUUUCCUCUUCUUCUCGUUUUCUCCCAGAAAUCGACGGACAUCCUCUCCAUCCUCUCCAUCGUCUCCACUAUUAUCUCGUUCCCUCGCUCUCCUUGGGUGUAUUUCACAGCGUCGCUCCUUGACCAGACGAGUGCGCCGCGACCUUAACCAGCGUGCGACCUCCAGUUGCUGCUCUCCGGCGGCUCGACUUCAUCCGACGCCACCUUCCUUCAGCGGCAUCUACGCCAUCGUUGAGAACUCCAUCUACGGAGGUUUUGGGUAAAAAUGGUUGAGCAAGAGAGAGAGAGUUCUCCCGCGACAUCUGCUCCAUCGGAGCACACCACCACCGCCGUUGAAGGACCGUCCACGGCGGCCGCGGCGACAUCUGCUCCACCGGAGCAACAAGUAGAAGAAGAAACGGCCAGAGCAACAAUUAGAGAAGAACCUCGAUUUAGAUGGGUUCGACCCAAUAUGAGGGGAUACCAAGCGCGCGUAAAUCUUUAUGUGCGUGUGGAGGUCAUGAAUCGGGUUCGACAGAAACUGCACGGUAUUGGCAGUAGUGAAUUAGAGCAACGGUUCUUAGACGGAGUUUUUGGACAUCUGGUCCAAUUGCGGCGCUCCGGUAGUGCCAAUAAUGCGCUGUCCGAGCUCAUUGCUCGGGAACUUCAUGAUGCUAGCUUCUCAGAGUUCGAGAAGCGGUACUUUGUGGGUGGGCAUGAGGUUAGCUUCACCGCCCAAGAUUAUGCCUUGGUGACGGGGCUUAGGUUUGGCCCGUCGGACUUUGACCCCACAGCGGACCAUGUCAUCCCCCAGAGCAGCUUGUACAUGCGUCAUUUUGAUGGUAAGAGAGUGAGGAUUAACACGUUAGAACAAAAGUUCAAUGAUGGAUUGUUCAGGGACCCAGAAGAUUUGUUGAAGGUUGCCCACAUACUCAUCUUAUAUCAUAUUUUGAUAUGUCGUGGGGAGAGCAUAUGGAUUGAUGAGUGGGUAUGGGCGUUAGUAGAGGACUCCGAGGCAUGGGCUCGUUUUCCUUGGGGCUCGUACAACUUUUCUAUCCUAUGCCAUCAAAUGAGUGUCUUGGUAAAGCAUCCAAGCCAAAUCAAGAACAAUAGAAAGACUUACCAUAUCUUUGGCCCUGUGUGGGCUUUUCAGAUAUGGUCGUACGAGGUGAUACCCAAAUUGGGAGGCUUGUGUGGGAAUCGUGAUAGCGAGAUGAGCAUUCCUCGUUGUUUGCACUGGGACACGCGUGCUGUUCCUGCCAUUGACUUUUCAGAGUUAUUCAAUCGUCAGCUUAUAAUUCGGCCUAUGGUACCUACUCCUCGGGAAGAAGGCCAUGAGUUCUUUAUCAGCCUAGGUACAGAUCAGCAGAUGGCGGUCACUUUUUGGCCCUCGAAGAGGCAUGCCGCAAAAAAACUGCUAGUGGACGAAGACGUUGAGCUAAUUGAGGAGGAGUCUGAUGAGCCACCGGAGAGGAAGAGAAGACGAGAGCCAUGUCAUAAGACCGCACCCAAGUCGAGAACUGCUGUAGAGAAGCGACAUCAUCCCGAGCCGAGUGCAGCAGCCGAGAAGCAGCAGAUGAGACAUUCUCCAGAGCCACCACAUCCAUCUACUACUUGUUACUUGCAUGGCAAUCCAUGCAAGCAUGCAGAUGACGAGGAGGCUCACUUGGAGCGCUUGGCUCGAAGAGUAGCUCCUCGCAUACCAUUGGAUGACUUGGAGAGUGGUUGGAUAGCCCGUCUCGUGCAUAAAUUGCUUGACAUUGUGGCGAAGAGAUCAGAUGAGUCACCCUCCAUCAGUGCGACUCUAUCAGUGAGUCGAGGCAUUCCAACUGCAAACAGUCCUCUUGUGGACGUGGAGGUGGAACAAGCUGCCGAGGUGGAGGUGGAGCAGGCUGCCGAGGUGGUGGAGGUGGAGGUGGAGCAGGUUGCCGAGGUGGAGGUGGAGGUGGAGCAGGCUGCCGAGGUGGAGGUGGAGCAGGUUGUGGAGGAAUAG